UCGAUAAUUAUAGUUGCAAAAAUGUCAAAUAAUAAUAAUAAUAAUAACCGUAGUGGUAGUAGUAGUAUUAUCGGUAAUAGUUCGAUGACCAACAUUGAUCAUUAUCAACAACAACAGCGACAAUUGUCGGUGUCAUCAUCAUCAUCGACAACAGCGGCAGCAAUGCAACAACAAUGUUUAACACCUAUGUAUUAUGAUGACAUACCGGAAAUUGUUCCAUAUGAAGAUUAUGAUAAUGUAAAGGCAAAACAUCGAGCUUCAAUAUUGUGGUUGAUUGCGAAAGCAACAGAUAAUGGCCGUAUACCAACCGAACUACGUGAUCCAUUCUAUCGUGAUCAUCAAGGACAAGAAUUAUUAAAACCAUGGAUAACACAACGUAUGGCCAAUGCAGAAUUAUAUGGCCGAGCAUUGGCCAACAUUUAUGGUGUACCUGAUUAUUCAUCAUUUAGCCAUCAGAAUAUUCUGCAAUUAUUGACAAGACGUGGUGUUUUCACCGAUCAGCUUGGUAUUGCUGAAAUUGGUGAACAUAUUACUGAAACAAUGUUGUUGAAAAAUUGUCCUGUUAAAUUGGCAGCACAUAUGGUGAUCAUUGAAUGUAUAAUGAUGUUGUAUAUACGUGAAAUAUUGAUACCAAUCAAAGUGAUGGAAGUUACAAGUCGAUUUUCUGGUGAAGAUAUUGAUGGCGUUGUCUAUACAGAAUUACCACCAAGUACUGAACCAGAAGAUGUAGCACUUUAUUGGGUGAAUCGUGCCUGUUCUCAACUUAAUCAAGAGAUUGCUAGAGAUUAUAUUCAACAACAGCAACAACAACAAUCGGAUGAUGGGGAUUGUCAACCACCACCGCCGCCACCACCAGUAGUUGUGCCUUCAUUAGAAGAAUUAAGUGAUAUGUGUGAUGGUUGUUCAUUGUUUGCAUUGAUGGCAUUCUAUUGUCCAGAUCAUGUUGAUUGGCGUGAAAUUUGCCUUAAACAAGAUAUUUCUAUUGCCGAUUCUAUCUAUAAUCUACAGCGGAUACAAUAUUUUUGUCAAGAAUUAUUUCCAUCUGAUAUAUGUUUUUUAUUGCUGGAAGAUUUUCUCUACUUACCUGAACCGAUUGUGCCGAAUUUUCUAGCAUUCAUUGCUGAUCUGUUGUUCAUGUUUGAAAUACAACCAGUUGAAUCGGUUAUACCGCCAUAUAUUCGUCUUUAUCCAGAAUUGUAUCAGGAAGAAUAUCAUCCAAGUUAUCCACAAAUGUUAACACCAUCUGAAAUGAAAGCAAAAUCAUUGAAAUCAACAUGGAAUAAUAACAAUAACAAUAAUAAUAAUGAUUCAAUUGAAACAUCAUCAGGUGGUGGUGCAAGUGUUGAAUAUCCACCGAAUCAUCCAAUCUAUGAUAGACCAUCGUAUACACAACAACCACAACGAACGUUAUCUAAUUUAACACUAAGUUAUCACCAACAACAACAUCAACAUGGUACAUCAUCAUCAUCAUCAAGACGAAAUUCAUUGAAUAAAUCAAUGAAUCGACGAUCAUCAUUUUUAUCAACAAAUGGUAUGAAUGAAAUGAUUUCAAAUCACAAUCAUCAUCAUUUACAUGAUCAAUCACCUGAUGUUGAAGAUGAAAGUCUUUAUAUUGAACCAAUGACAAAUCCAAAUAACAGUGAUGAUCCAAAUGUCACACAAUUAUCACAAUAUUUUUCUAGUAUAAAUUUAACACCAUCAUUAUCUAAUAACCAUCAUGGUACAAUGAUGAUGAAAGAUAAUAAUGAUGAAUAUCAUAAGAAUCGUUCACGUGCAUCAGGUGGCCAUCUUAAUGAUUAUUUUUCCAGUCUUUCCACUGUUGAUCAACAGCAACAGCAACAUUCAACCAAUGCCAUUAAUAAUAAUACACAUGUACGUGCACAACGUCAACAUCCAAAUAAUGCUGAUAAUGUUAAACAAUUAUUACAUCAUCAUCAUCAUCAUCAUAAAGAUCAUCAUGGUUCUUAUAACAACAACAACAACGCCAAUGAUAGCCAAACAAAUUCUAGUGAUACAUCAAGUAUAGCUGAAAUGUCUGAUUAUUCCACAAUUACUGGCACUGGUGCUGCUACAGCUGAUCAAUCAUUGAUUCGUGCACAAUUGAAUGAAAAACGUAAACAAAUUGAACAAGAUCGACAACAAGAACGGCAAAAACGGGUUUCUUCUGAUCAUAAUUUUCGCCAAGAAGUAUUGAAAACAUUAAAAAAUCAACACCAACAACAGGAUAUGAUUAUGGAUACAAUGGAUUUUUGUCGCACUGAUAAUCUGGAUGAUGAUAAUUUAACAUUUGAAAUACAUGAAUUGAAUCCAAUUAGACGUGAAAAAACAUUUACCAGUAUUCCAUCAUCAGUUUUAGCAUCAUCAACCACCACCACCACUAAUAAUAAUAAAUCAACGUUUGUACGAAAAAAUCUUUUUUCAGCAUCUGAUGAUCUGAAAGCAUCAAUGACUGAUUUGAAUUAUGCAAAUGCCAAAGAUUAUCAUCCUCCGCAUCAUCACUCCUCAUUCUCAUCAAAAUCUGAUUCAAAUUCAACCAAAUCAAUUGUAAAUGAUCAAUCAUCAAAGAUAGUAGAAACUAGCGAACAAAAACAAUCAUCAGAAUCAACAACACCACCAUCGGAACAUAAUAAAUUGGAUCAAGAAAUUCAAUCUCAAGAAUCCUCUUCUUCAGCGAUUAUUCAACCGUUAUCCACUCAACAGUCACAAACACAAACAACACCAUCGAUACCAUUACCACAACCACCAUCAUCAUCACAACAGCAACAGCAACAACAACAACAGCAAACACCACGAAGAAGUCAAUGGGGUCAACCAAUGAUACCAUUGGCCGGUCAGCAUCAGAUACAUGGUGGUGUAUUACCACCGGCACCACCAAUUGUACCAUCAACACAUCCUUAUCAUCAACCACCAGCAUGGUCACAAACGGCACCACCAAUUGGAUAUGAUUCACAAUGGUAUCAUCAUCAUCAUCAUCAUCAAUCGCCUUAUCAUCAUCCACCUCCACAAUCAGCUUAUCCGCCAUAUGGUUAUGUUCCACCACCACCACCACCACCAAUGCAUCCAUAUGAUCCAUAUGGUGGUGGUGCAUAUGUUAGUCCACCAGGAACUACUGCUACAGCAACAUCUCAAGAUCCAUAUGUUUUGUCACCAAUGUCUGGCUAUCCACCACAACCACCGACGCAUACAAUAACACCUCAACAAUUUUCCACAAUUCCAGUAACCGAUCAACAACAACAACAACAUCAAUCGAUUAAUAAUAAUAAUUUGAAUGAUAAUUCAACAAGUACGAAUGAUCAUCAUCAUGAACAACAACAACAGCCACAACAGCAUCCAAAUAAUAAAACACAACCAUCUUCUUCACAGCAGACUGAAACAUUUUUCAUUUCAUUCAAUGAUUGUGGCAAUCAACAACAAAAACAGCAACAACAGCAAACAAAACGAACAAGAUCCAUAAAAACGGAAUCGAAUGAUAAACCAACGUUGACAAGAACGGCAACACAAACAUUAGUUAGUGGGACAGAAUCGGGAAAAAAAUCACAAAAUGUUGUCGAUGAACAAAUGGAUGAAAGAAUACGAGAAUUGUAUAAUGUACGUCGACCAUCAAUUCCAUCGGUGCCUGCUGUUUCAUUUGUAAUAGCAGCUGAUGAUUUACAAAAUGAUAAUUUCAACAAUUCUGAUACGAAUCAUCAAUUAGAAGAUAGUCUUAUGAUGAUGAAUGGAUCAUUGAUGAUCAAUGGUGAUGGUGGUGAUGACCAUUAUUAUGGUGAUGACUCUGCAACACCACAACGAUCACAUUCAUCAUCAAUGAAUAAUAAUCAAUCUUUAUCUGGAAAAAGUGAAGAAGAAAUGCAACGUAAAAAAGAAGCGAUAAUGAAACAAUCAUUACGUCGGCGUGCCCAACACGAACAGAAACGUAUACAGAAAGAACAGGAAUUGGCCGCAAAACGUGAACGUGAACGUUUGAAACGUGAACAAAUGGAACGAAAAAAAGAAGAAGAACGUGAAAAACGAGCAUUUAUUUUCGACCAAUAUAAACGUCGUAAACAAUUGGCUGAAGAAAUUGAAAAAAAUGGUGGUGUUGCUGCAUUGCAAGGUACCGUUGCACGAAGUUCAUCCACUUUGAUACUAAAUCGUGGUGGUGGUGGUACAUCAUCUUUGCAUCAGCAGCAGCAGGUUAAAAUGCGUCAAGGAACUGGCACUCAACAGCGACCACGGCCAAAAUCAUUACAUGCUACAUUGUUGGAUGAAUGUUCGGCUGCUUUAUCAACUAUUUCUGGUUCAGUAUCAGGAUCAUCAUCACGUUUAAGUACAUCACGUGAUGAAAUCGAUGAUCUAAUGAGCUGUGGACGAUUAUCAUCUGCAGCGUCAAUCAGUGGUGUUGGUACAUCGAACAUUUCAAGACCACAAUCAGCAAUGAGUAGUCAGCUUUGUUUAAAUUCAUCAUCCAAUACGGCUGUUUCAACACCAACCGGUGCUUUUGGUGAACAUCAUCAUUCAUCCGCAUUUGCUGGUCUUUCGUCUGCAUUCGGUACGGAUUUAUCAUCAGGAAUCGGUAUUGGUUGUAGUAAUAAUAAUAAUCAACAACAACAACAACUGCAAAAUCAAGGUCCAACAUCCAGUAAUUUUUUUCAGGAAUAUAAUGGCCCAAAAUUAUUUGUGAAACCAAGUCAAAAAUCGAAUAAAGCACUAAUAUUGAAUGCUAUAAAUGUUGUUUUGGCCGGUGCUGUCAAUUCCGAUACAAAUCGUCGUGUCACUGAAGUGAUAAAUAAAUGUGAUAGUAAAUAUUAUUUGAUAUUGUUUCGUAAUUCUGGUCUACAAUAUCGAGCCAUUUAUUCAUAUAAUCCUGAACGUGAAGAAGUGACGAAAUUGGAUGGGAUUGGACCAAAAAUCGUACAUAAUGAUAUGAUUGAUAAAUUCUAUAAAUACAAUUCGGGUACAAAAAGUUUUACUGCAAUUCAAACGAAACAUUUAUGCGUCACAAUCGAUGCAUUCACAAUACAUAAUCAUCUAUGGAUGAGUAAAGCUAAACAGCAGCAGCUACAAUCAACGCCAAGGCGUUUUAUGUGAUGAUGAUGAUGAUGAUGAUCAUUAUCAUGAUGAUUCCACAAUUGUUCCAUAUUUAAAAACGGCAACAGAAAAUGAAAAUGAAUUUAUUUUUUUUUUGCCAAGUUCAAAUUUCAAUUUCUUUUUUCCUUUUUCAUUCU